AUGAAUAAGUCGUCUCAUAUAUCUACAUUCGGAGAAAGUGAAUCUCUAUUUUUGACCGCAAUCAAACGAUUUUCAAACGAAUAUGAAUAUCGUGAAAUUCCAUUGGAGCAAAUGCAAAUGCUCAACGAGAAAUUUUAUCAACUCUGGAUGCGACCACCACAACUAGAUCGAAACAAUGAUGGUUAUCUUGCAGUUGAAUAUCUUGAAAAAUUAUUAUUCGAUGAUAAAAUCAAUGAUCAUUUUUUUAUUUUAAUUAUAAAUCUAUUAGCUAAAAAUCAAAAUUUUUAUCACACGCUUUUAAAUGAUCAUCAACGAUUUAAACAACUAUUCAAUUUAUCGAUACGAAAACCUGUCUACUUGACGCGAUAUAUUGAACUUCUGUAUUAUUAUUGUCCAUUGAACUUGAUUGCUACUGUUGGCUUAGAAUUCUAUCGUUUUGUUAUUAAUACUUAUUUUGUUAAAUAUCUACAUCAUCCACCCUACGAUAUCGAUUGGCUUGCAGCAUUUUCUAUUUUACUUUAUCAAUUCUAUGAAAAUACAACGAAAAAUCUCACGUCAUCAGAAUUUAUUUUCACCAAUCAAAAAGAUGCUAUUAAUUAUUCGCUCCAUGUUAUCGAUACAUUUCUUCAUCAUCAGCUGAAAAUAAAACCUAAUAAGGAUUUGAUUUAUGAUUUGAAAUUGAUCAGUAUUAUUAUCAAAACGAUUAAUAUUGUUUGGAAACAAGAUCCAUCCACGGACAAGUCAUCAGACGAUAAUCAAGAUGGAAUAACACAUAUUCAACUUCGAUCAAUUGAAUAUUUAUUCAAUGAAAUGUCGAAUGCAAAAUCUCCGGAUAAAAAAAUGUUAAGUUCUACGAUUCUCGCUCUUUUUUCUCUUAUACAACUUGAUGCUGCUGAUAUCACAUUAAAAGCCAUGUUUUUCGAUGAUCGUCUCAAUGGUGAACGUCUUUCAAUAAUAAUUAAAUGCUUAAUUGAAUUGAUUGAUGCACCACUGCCAUUGAUUCAAUCUAUGCCCUACGAAACUUGGGUUACUGGUCUUUGUUCAGCUUUUACAACAUUUAAACAACAUGACUAUCUAAUAAAAGUCAUUGACGAGACAACCGCCUUUCUUAUCGGUCAUCUAUUCUAUUCGGAAACCUAUGAUAAUGCAAUUCAGAUUCUUUUUUGGUUUGUUCGUUACGAUAAACGAAUGCAAACAUUUCGUAUGAUUCUUAAUCGUUUACCGAAUCUAUUGGAACAAUUAUCAACAAAUAAUAAUGAUGAUCUUAAAACGAAAAUUAUUGAACUAUGUCAUAUGGGAGUUGCUAUUCAUCCGGAAUAUGAUUUGUCGAAUGAAAUUAUAUUAAAACAAAUUUUUCAUAGUCUGCCACAGCCUGAUUUAAAUAUUUUACUCAAUCAUAAAACUAUUCAUGAAAGAUUUCAUUCAAUGACAAUUGCAACGGAUAAUAAAAUAAAGAAUCGUGUCGGAAUUAUUAAUUUGGGUAACACAUGUUAUGUUAAUUCCGUAUUGCAAGCUUUAUAUCAAUGCGAUUUAUUUCGAAAAUAUAUUCUCGAACAUCGUUUUGAACAACAGACAGUAUUGAGAGAACUACAAAUUAGUUUUGCUCAGCUUAAUCUAUCGAAAAGACCUUAUAUCAGUGCAGCUAAUCUUGUACAAAUUGCACGACCCAGUUGGUUUGCCAUCAAUGAACAACAGGAUUGUGCUGAAUUUCUUGGUUACUUACUUGAUACAAUAAAAGAUGAAGAAAAAAAAUCACCACCGCCAUCGGAAAUCGAACAACUUUUUACUAUUCGUACUUGUCAAAUAAAUCGAUGCCAACGUUGUUCCAUUGAAUCCUAUCGUGAAGAAACAAGUAAUUAUUUAUUUCUUCCAAUUCCAACAUUCGACACUCAAAAUGAACAUUUAAAUUACAACCAAUCAGCCAUACCGGUGUCAGUCAUCAAAAAUGGCUUAAAAUUUUAUGCAGCAUCAAAUACAAAUUCAGCAUCAGAAGAUCAAGCAAGAUCGAUUGCUGCAUCGCUUGUUCAAUCGAAUCUAAUAAGUCGAUCUUCACCACUACCCACUACGAAUGUGAUCAGUCCAAAAGAAAAUUUAUCAAAUCUUCAAUAUGUUUUUGAUUAUUAUUUUCAAAAAGAAGAAUUAAAAGAUGAUAAUCAGUAUCGAUGUGAACAUUGUCGAUCUUUACAAAAUGCUGAACGAUAUACUAUUCUUCAAACAGCACCGGAAUAUUUAAUUUUAUCGUUGAAUCGUUUUGAAUAUGAUAAAAAAACAAAUAUAUUUCGUAAGGUUUUUACAAAAAUAAAUUAUCCAAAAGUACUCAAUGUUCCUAUUAAUCGAUCACCAAAAUCACGGAAUCAUUCGAUUUCAAUUAAAUAUUGUCUUGUUCUUAUUAUUGUUCAUACAGGUUAUACACUUCAUGGUGGCCAUUACUAUGUAUACGCUAGAGAAAUUAAACCAUUAUUAUCAAAAGUAAAUAAUCAUGAUCAAGAAGAUUAUUUUUCAAAUGAUGAAUGGUUUUUGUUAAAUGAUGAUCAAGUACAAAUGUCGUCAUACGAAGCUAUGAUUGAGAAUUGUGCUCAAUACACAUCAGCUACACCUUACAUUCUCGUCUAUAAACGUAUUGAUAAACAACGUCUUGAAGAAAUGGAUAAAAUAAAACAUGUACAUGUUCAUGAAAGCCUUACUCAACAGAUCCAUGCAGAUAAUAUGACUUAUGCAUGUGAAUCAGAAAAUCAGUCAACAUGA